AUGAAUCCGAAUUACUAUACACACUUGUUAUCUUCUUAUGAUCCCGAAAAUCCAAACAAUCAUCCACAACAUCCAUACCCAAAUCCAAACAAUCAUCUACAAUAUCCAUAUCCAAGUCCAAACAAUUUUCCGCAAUAUCCAUACCCAAAUCCAAAUAAUCAUUCACAACAUUCAUACCAAAAUGCAUACCCAGAUUCUACCAGCCCGGAUCCUCCCCAUAUUCCAGAAAAUGAGCCAACACCAACAGAAACUCCUACCAGCAAACGACAAAAAAAUAAAAAAACCUACUGGAGCAAAGAAGAAGAAAUGCUGUUGGCAAAAGCUUGGCUACAAAUUUCAGAAGAUAGCAUUACUGGAAGUCAACAACGUGAUAAAGAGUUCUGGAGACGAAUUAUUGCAUACUAUGAAAAAAGCAACACGUCAAACGUUGCAAGAACUCAAGCCAACCUCAAAACGCAUUGGCAUUACAUGAACCCAUUUGCAGUUGCAUUUAAUCAAAUGUAUAUAGUGUUGAAAAGUCAACACCUCAGUGGAUGGUCUGAGGAUGAUCUCAAACGUGCAACUUUUGAGCAUUAUCAUGCUAGAUAUGGUGCCGAUUUUAGGCACGAACAUAUUUGGAAUAUCGUUAAAAAUGAACAGAAAUGGAAAGGUUCAAGCACUGCAUCUGGGGUAUCUAUGUCUUCAUCAAAUACAGAAUCUUUCAUUAACCUGGAUAAUGAUGAAAUUACCACUCGUCCAAUUGGUAGGAAUGCAGCAAAAAAAGCAGCAAAAGGGAAAUCUACCAAUUCCACUUCGUCAUCUGGUAAUAGGCUUGAUGAAAUACUUGAAAAACAUAUAGAAGAAAAUAAAAAGACUUUUGAACGCUAUCAAAACUCUUUGGAUAUGAAAAAUGCAUUGAAAGAAAGAAAGAUGAAGAUUAAAGAAGAAAAGGUAAAGAAUGAUGAAAUUUCAAUCAUUUUCAUGGAUCCCACUACCAUGUCAGAAGAUGGACGUGAAAUUUGGAGAAAUCGUUGUGACGAAAUUAAGAUAAAAUACAAUAUGAAGUAA